GAGUAAGUAAAUGACAAGAGUGGAUAGAAGUAUUAAGCACUAGUAAUCUUAAAUUUGCACUCAAUUUAAUGUGGCCCCACCACUUAAUAUCAAGUUAUAAUAAUUACUUAUUUCUGUGUUUUGGUUUUAUAAUAUAUUAAUUUUGCACCAUAAAAACAGUUUUAUUGUGAAUUAUAUAUCAGUCGGUAUAAACACAGACACAUUUAUUUUGAAAUUCUGCAAAAACCACAAAUCCUGAACAGUUGCUUUUAGAUUUUUUUUCCUCACUUGACUGGCCCACAGGUCAUUUUACGUUUGAAAGCCCUGAAUUAUAGAGAUCACAAGGAUGUAAAAAAUUAAGAAAUGUCCACAUUUGAUCACAACAUGCACUUUAAUCAAACAUGAAUCAUAGUAACUGCAGUUUUUAAUUAAUGACUUUUGUUUUUUAAUCAAGUUUCGAGUUUUGCUGUGAGAUUUCGUUAGUUUUGGUUGUGCUUUUAUUUUGAAAAGAAAGUAAACCGGAAGUGAGAGACAGUAGAAGCUUCCGCUAACAUUAGCAAUGGCAUUGUCUGGACAAAGAUCAUGGAGGCCGCCCCGGUCAUGUGACAACUAUUGGAGUGAGUACAAACACUGCAAGAGUAUGGGGAGUCGUUUCAACCACUACUAUACUUAUGGUACAUUCCCAUCCUGCCAGCAAUGGAAAGAGGACUACUAUAGCUGCAAAGAGUGGGAGAAUCACAGACGUAUAGAAGCAAAGGAAGCGUUGCAGACGAGUGAAAGGAACAGAUUGGCAGAGCAGAAAAAGUUCACACCAGUGUGGAGGCUGAGGAAAGACCCACCUAAAGACUGGAACAUGCCCCUGAACCAGGAGAAGCCACAGGACUCCUGAACUGUCGCUUGUCUCAAAGCAAACAUCUACUGUGUACUGUACUUCAUGGACAUGAAAUACUUUUGGCCUCCAUACUGAUAAGUCUGGUCAUCAUUUGUGCUUGGAGAGCUGCUGUAUCCUUUGGACUGAUAUAAGAUAUAAGAUAUAAGAUAUUCUGCUUGGCUCACAUUAGUCACAAUUAACUUCUGAAUACCAAAUUAAAACUGACAGAUGUGUACAGUGUAUUAACAAUGGUGGCAGCAUCUAGUGGUCAAUGGUGAGAACGACAGCCUACAGUCAUUCUCACAUAACAGUCUUUAAACUAUUGAAUUACACCUCCUGUGAACAGUCAUGAAUUAUAUUAUCAGAAAGUUUAUGUAAACAAGCAGAG